UGCGUCACUAGACCCAGGUAAUUGGCAAAGUUCUCCGCUCACCCCUGCGCUCACAUUCUUGACCUGUAUCCACCCGACCACUCUGCUGCGCAGAACCCCGCUGGCCGGAAUGAAUCAGCUGAAGUUGCUACCAUCCCGGUUGGGAGCACAGGCCUCAAGGCUACUGGCCCCACAUGACAUCCAGAUGUUCAGCUGGUGCAACAGGUCGUCUGGGCCCGGGGCCACCUUUCCAAGCAUCAGAGCUGGAGGCAACUCCAGUCACAUGGAGGAGAUGUACUUUGCCUGGUUGGAAAAUCCCCAAAGUGUCCACAAGUCCUGGGACAGGUUCUUCCAGAAAGCCAGUGAGGAAGCAUCUUGUGAUCCACCUCAGCCACAGCCCUGCUCUGUUGUCCCUGAGAGAAGGGCAUCAGUCUCAAGCUGGACCAAGACCAGCAAGUUGGUGGAGGACCACCUGGCUGUGCAGUCCCUGAUCCUGGCAUACCAGAUCCGGGGCCACCGUGUGGCCCAGCUGGACCCUCUGGGAAUUCUGGAUGCAGACCUGGACUGCUUUGUGCCCUCAGACUUAAUCACAACCAUCGAUAAAUUGGCCUUCUGUGACCUGCGGGAGGCUGACCUGGAUAAGGAGUUCCAGUUGCCUACAACCACCUUCAUUGGAGGCUCUGAACACACCCUCUCUCUGCGGGAGAUUAUUCGGUGCCUGGAGCAAUACUGCCAGCACAUUGGCCUGGAGUUCAUGUUCAUCAACGACGUGGAACAGUGCCAGUGGAUUUGGCAGAAGUUUGAGACCCCUGGCGUGAUGCAGUUCUCCAGUGAGGAGAAACGGACCCUGCUGGCCCGGCUGGUGCUCUCCAUGAGGUUUGAAGACUUCCUGGCCAGGAAGUGGUCCUCAGAGAAGCGGUUUGGCCUGGAGUGCUGUGAGGUCAUGAUUCCUGCCCUCAAGACCAUCAUUGACAAAUCGAGUGAGAUGGGGAUUGAGAAUGUCAUCUUGGGGAUGCCACACAGGGGCAGGCUGAAUGUGCUGGCUAAUGUCAUCUGCAAGGACCUGGAGCAGAUCUUCUGCCGGUUUGACCCCAAGCUGGAGGCAGCAGAUGAGGGCUCUGGAGAUGUCAAAUAUCACCUUGGCAUGUACCAUGAAAGGAUCAACUGGGUCACAAACAGGAACAUUACACUGUCACUUGUUGUCAACACCUCUCACCUGGAAGCUGUCGACCCUGUGGUACAGGGGAAAACUAAGGCAGAGCAGUUCUACCGUGGGGAUACCCAGGACAAGAAGGUCAUGUCCAUCCUGGUUCAUGGGGAUGCUGCCUUCACUGGUCAGGGUGUGGUCUAUGAGACCUUUCACCUGAGUGACCUACCCUCUUACACCACCAAUGGCACCGUGCGUGUUGUUGUCAACAACCAGACUGGCUUCACCACAGACCCCCGAAUGGUAUGCUUCUCACCAUACCCCACUGAUGUGGCCCAUGUGGUCAAUGCACCCAUCUUCCAUGUGAAUGCAGAUGACCCCGAGGCUGUGAUAUACGUGUGCAGUGUGGCAGCCCAGUGGAGGAACACCUUCAAUAAAGAUGCUGUUGUGGACCUGGUCUGUUACUGCUGGCAUGGCCACAAUGAGAUGAAUGAGCCCAUGUUCAUGCAGCCACUCAUGUACAAGCAGAUCCACAGACAGGUGCCUGUGCUGAAGAAGCAUGCAGACAAGCUCAUUGCUGAGGACACAGUGACCCUGCAGGAGUUCGAGGAAGAAAGCGCCAAAUAUGACUGGAUCUGUGAAGAGGCAUAUGGCAGGUCCAGAGAUAAAAAGAUCCUGCAUAUAAAGCACUGGCUGGACUCCCCCUGGCCUGAUUUCUUCAAGGUGGAUGGGGAGCCUAAGAGCAUGACAUGCUCAACUACUGGCAUUCCUGAGGACGUGCUUACCCACAUUGGCAAUGUGGUGAGCUCCGUGCCCCUGGAGGACUUUAAAAUCCACUCGGGCCUUUCUCGAAUCUUGUGGGGCUGUGCGGACAUGACCAAGAAAUGGAUGGUAGACUGGGCCCUGGCAGAGUCCAUGGCCUUUGGCUCCUUGCUCAAGGAAGGCAUCUAUGUACGGCUCAGUGGACAGGAUGUGGAGAGAGGCACAUUCAGCCAUCGGCAUCACGUUCUCCAUGACCAGGAAAUUGACCAGAGGGCAUGUGUCCCCAUGAACCACCUUUGGCCUGAUCAGGCCCCGUACAUUGUGUACAACAGCUCCCUCUCAGAGUAUGGAGUCUUGGGCUUUGAGCUGGACUAUGCCAUGGCCAGCCCCAACGCCCUUGCCCUCUGGGAGGCUCAGUUUGGUGACUUUCACAACACGGCCCAGUGCAUCAUUGACUAGUUCAUCAGCACUGGCCAGGUUAAGUGGGUUCAACACAAUGGCAUUGUGCUGCUGCUGCCCCAUGGCAUGGAGGGCAUGGGACCAGAGCACUCUUUAGCGAGGCCCUAGAGAUUCCUGCAGAUGAGCAAUGAUGACUCAGAUGCCUAUCCUGCAUUCUCUGAGGACUUCGAGGUGAGGCAGCUCCAUGACUGCAACUGGAUCGUGGUCAAUUGCUCCACACCAGCCAGCUACUUCCAUGUACUACACAGGCAGGUCCUACUGCCCUUCCGUAAGCCGCUGAUCAUCUUUACACCCAAAUCCCUGCUGAGGUGCACAGAGGUGAAGUCCAGCUUUGACCAAAUGGUGUCUGGGACCAGAUUCUAGUGGGUGAUUCUUGAGGAUGGAGCCUCAGCUCAGGCUCCUGAGCAGGUACAGCGGCUCAUCUUCUGCAUGGGAAAAGUGUAUUAUGACCUGGUGAAGGAGCGGAGCAGCCAGGGCCUGGAGGAGCAAGUGGCCAUCACGUGCCUGGAGCAGAUCUCUCCUUUUCCCUUUGACCUGAUCAAACAAGAGAUGGAGAAGUACCCAGGUGCAGAGCUGGUGUGGUUGGAGAAGCACAAGAACAUGGGCUACUAUGACUGCAUCAGUCCACGCUUCAUGACCAUCAUGAGCUGGGCACGGCCCAUAUGGUAUGUUGGCUGUGACCCAGCAGCUGCACCAGCCAUAGGAAACAGGAACACACACUUGGUGUCUCUGAAGAAGUUUUUGGAUACUGCCUUCAAUCUCCAGACCUUUCAGGGCAAGACAUUUUAGAGCUGGGCAGGGCUUGCCUGGGUCUUCCAUGGGAUUGGCUGGGGCUAUAGAGGGCUGGUGAGAGGAGGACCAAUGCUUGUGCACCAGAGACAUCUGUCAAAGGUCCCAGGGUAAAACAUACUCACUUAGCAAUUGAGGUCCUAGAGUAGUCACCACUGGCUUUGGUGUUAUGUCACCUUGGGCCUUUGUGUUUAUUUCAGAAUCUGCUAGGACUGAGAAAGCCAGAGGAGGUGAUAGAUGGGAUGUAGUUCUGGAGUGUUUUCCUACCUGUCCUGGUUUUUCUGGAAUUUUUGUGUGACUUUUCCCAUCUAUGUCUCUGCAGAUAGCUACACAGAAGUCUGUGUCUUUGGUCUCUCUCCUCCUGGCACAUCUGGCUGCCACUCACCCUGUCCUUGUUCAUCUGUAGAUUCAAGAAAUGUUACCUUUUAUGCUCUUAGAAAUAGAGAUUUCAGCAAUAACAACCAGGUGAAACAAAACCAUGCCAGGUGAUUUAUGUAUGCUCUGUUUUAUGGGAUAUGUCAUAAUGAGUGUGAAAUAUAGCCACAGCUCAUGUGCACCAAACUAGAAAACCAGAUGACAGAGAAAUAAAAAAUGCAUAAGGGAGA